AUGGAGGCGGCAUCUACGGCAACGCGUAGUCCAAGUAUUUCUACAUCUCCGGCGUCAAUCGCAAGUGAUCAAGCGAGCGUAAACCUUAAUCUAUCUACUGGUACUUCGAUUGUACCUUCAGAAGCAGCAGGAGAUCCUAUUGAAGCUAGCGUAGACUCGACUGGACGUCGCAUCCAGCAGCGCUCGAAUUACUCGGUCAAGAAAAAGCGCGAACUCAUCGCGUUAGCGCAAGUCGCAGGUGUGCGGGAGGUCUGCAGGAUGGAGGGCGUGCCACGUCGCACGCUGCGGCACUGGCUGGACGACGCCGAGAAGAUUAACAGCUUUGAAGGUCCAGAUUCGCGGAAGUCCAUUGGACGCUCAGGACGUCGCGAGAUUUUACCAUUUGGACGGCAAUUGACUGAGUUUUUAGAGAAUGGAAGACGACAAGGACGCGAGAUGACGUCAUCGCAUAUGAUUGGAUACAUUAGACAGAAUCAUAGUCAGUGGCUGGAAGGCUAUUUGGCAGACAAGAAGAGCGCCGAGAGUGGACAAGCUGCACUCACAAGACUUUGCCAGAGAUUUGUCGAGAGGCACGGUUUUACACAUAUAGGUGUCGGCGCGAUGCGGCCCCAAGCGAUGGCGGCUACAAUAGCAGUGGAAAGUACGAACACUUCUGCAGUGCAUUCGAAUGGGACUGUGACAAGCUCUAUUGAAAGGACAUCCCACCCCACUAAAGAUGCGGUGCACAACGCUAACGAUAAUUCAAACGAGUAUGACGUGGAAGAUGAUACUCCGUUACUUUUUGGACUGGAUAUUGGUACUACCGCCAUCAAGUGCGUUCUAGUAAAGGUAGAUGGCGGUCAAGUUGCUGCUGUGGCCAACGUAUCUCUCAGUGAUGUGAUUGUACCGACUAGACCAGGAGAAGAAGCGGUGAAGAAUAAAAUUGGCGUACUUAAUGUGAACCAGGUGUUGUUGGCAGUGCAACGAGCCGCAAAAAUGCUGCCGGAGAUGGCAAGGCGGCGAGUCACGUCUGUUGGUAUCUGCGGUCAAAUGCACGGAAUCGUAUGGUGGUGCAGUCGUGCCGUACACGAGGUAGCAGAACGCUUAUUGUCAGUGGGAGAAAAUGGGAUGCUUGAAGAGGAUGGCUCUUCUUAUGAACCUGUGUGGAGCGAGCUUAUUACGUGGCAAGACCAGCGCUGUACACCUUCGUUUUUGGAUAGCUGUCGGGAAAAGAUCGCUCGGAUUAAAGCUAUGGGCGAUUUUGCUUCAAUGCCCAGCCGGAUAGCUGCUGGCUACGGACUAGCCUCAUUCGCCCAUACAUUAGAAUACUCUCCGCGCGCAUUAGUAGGCAUGGACGCUUGCGGUACGAUCCAGGAUCUAGUGGCUUUUAUAUUGUGUGGUCACACGCUUCCAAGCGAAACCUUCAUGGACACCACUGAUGCUCACAGUUGGGGCGGUCUCAACUUGCAAACGCAGACUUGGGACCCUAGAGUGCUGCGUGCGCUACGAAUUCCCUCAUCAAUGCUGCCAGCUGUAAAGAAGCCGGGCACUUGCAUCGGUCACAGCUCUCCAGGUUUCUCUGGGUUCGGGUUGCCCGACAAGAUACCAGUGUAUGUGCCGAUGGGUGACCAUCCGUGCUCCGUCUAUGCCGCUCUGGCGCAGCGCCAGUCAUCUCCUACUAGUGACUCCAACAUAACGUUGGUGAAUAUCGGCACGUCAGCUCAAAUGGCUAUUGUACUGUCUAGUGCAGACGUUGCAAAAUUGUCUUCUUGCUCCGAAGAUGCCUCGAAUCCUAUCGAUAAUAUGGGCAACACAAGUUUUGAAGUACGGCCAUUCCUUAUCAAAGAUCGCUUCUUAGGCGUGGCAGCCUCACUAUCCGGUGGCAACAUAUUUGCCUGGCUAGUGCAUCAAUGGCAACAAUGGGCAGAAGAAAUGGGAGUUGCUCCAACUCGUAGCGAGAGUAAUGAAGAGCAAGUGGUGCAAAGCGAAGAUGAGGUUUACGCCCGACUAAUUGCGAUGGGGCUGCAGCGCCAGGAUACCGAUCUGACAUUCGUGCCGACGCUUAACGGUGAGCGCGUGGAUCCUAGUGUCACUGGUAGCAUUUCAAACUUGCGGAUGAAUAACUGGAGUAUGGGCGACAUCAGUGCCGCGCUGUCACGUGGUCUUAUAGACAAUCUCUUUGCCAUGAUCCCCAAAGAGUUGCAGCCGCUGGUGCUCGUGCAACCGAUAAUCGGUACGGGCAACGCCCUUGUGCGCAACGAACUGUUGCAACGAUUUCUACUGCGGUGUUUGACUCAGCCCUCGCAGCUGCAGCUGCAGAUGGUCGCAGAUGCUGCCGUGGGCGCGGCGCUCACCCCAUCGCUUCUAUCAGGGUCCCCAGUCGUGCUUGAUGUGUAG